CUGCAAUUCACUUUCUUUCGUGCGCGAUCGUUGCAGUGUUGGUGCUGUGUUGUUGCUGCUGGCAGCAGAUUCAAGCAGCUGAAGAAGCCACCAGAGAUCAUCAUCAUCAUCAGUUACCAAAACUUCAACGUACAAGCAACCAGUUGCGUAAAGCAGACGAGCAGCUUCACCGUUCGUGUGCUUAAAUGUCGUGGCAUUUGCUACCCUUGCGUCGUAGCGUAGGGUAAUCCACUCCACACGAUGGAAACACCAGUGAGUGAAGCUACGGACACGACCACAACCGCAGUGCGUAGUCGUAAGGCACAGAAAAAGGCACAGAAAGCUAGUGAAGAAAGCGCAACCGUGAACGAGCAACGAUCGUCCUCGAUGGAGACGGCUGUGAACGAAAGACAUCACAAGCUGAAAAGCGACGAACCCAUCAAACGCUCGCCUGCGGAAGCAAUCAGCGAACGGAAUGGCGCUUUCGAGGAAGUGGACGAUCGUUUCAGCAUUUCCAUUCGCCUGCAGUUCAAUGCUGCUACGGUGGGUCUGUUUUUGCUCUCGUUCCUGACUCGGUUCUAUCGCAUCACACACCCGCGGGGCGUUGUCUUCGAUGAGAUACAUUUCGGAAAGUUCGUAUCGCUGUACCUCAAAAACAUCUUCUACUUCGAUCAGCAUCCUCCGCUGGGGAAGUUGAUGAUUGCAGGCGCUGCCGGAGCAGUCGGAUAUAGUGGAAGCUUCGAGUUUCCAAAGAUCGGCAGCGAAUAUGAUGCGUCCGUUCCUAUCCUUGCGCUACGCUUCGUUCCGGCAUUAUGUGGAAGUCUACUGGCACCGAUCGUCUACUCGAUUUUACGCCAGGUUAAGCUCGGUCAAGGUGUCAGCAUUCUUGGUGGACUUCUUAUCAUUCUAGACAAUGCCCUCUUGACUCACUCUCGCUUUAUUCUGAUGGAAUCGAUGCUACUUUUCUUCGCGGCGCUCGGCAUCCUGACCGUGCUGAAGUUCCUCCAAGCCGACCCAUUCUCCGCCCGCUGGUGGACACUGGGCACGAUUGCGUCCGCAUCACUAACUGCAGCCGUUUGUGUGAAGUUUGUCGGCUUUUACAGCUACCUGCUGGCGAUGUACAUCAUCGGACGACACGUCUGGAUGGAGCUACCCGAUCGUCGCCGUUCGAACGCUUCCAUCCUGCUGAAAGUGAUCACCAAAUCCCUGCUCAUACUGGGCGUAUCGCUCGCCGUGUACAUCGGCUGCUUCUAUCUGCACUUCGCCACACUGUACAAGGCAGGACCGCACGAUAACGUCAUGACUAGCGCUUUCCAGGCAUCGCUGGAGGGUGGUUUAGCAUCGAUCACGAAGGGACAGCCACUGCGCGUACAACACGGCUCACAGAUCACACUGAAGCACACGCACGGGCGCGUCUGCUGGCUGCACUCGCACACGCACGUCUACCCGAUCAAGUAUAAGGAUGGUCGCGGCUCGAGCCACCAGCAGCAGGUAACGUGCUACGGCUUUAAGGACGUCAACAACUGGUGGAUUGUGAAGCGCCCAAACAAGGACAGCCUGAUGGUAGACGACGAGCCCGACUACAUCGAGCACGGGGAUGUGAUACAGCUGGUGCAUGGUGUUACGAGUCGUGCGCUAAACUCGCACGACGUUGCCUCACCAAUGUCCCCACUCUGCCAGGAAGUGUCGUGCUACAUCGACUACAACAUCUCGAUGCCAGCCAACCUGCUGUGGCGCGUAGAGCUACUCAACGGCAAAGAGUCCAAGAACAAGUGGCACGCCAUCACCUCCCAGGUGCGGCUGGUACACGUAAACACAACCGCCGCACUCAAGUACACCGGCGAACAGCUCCCAGACUGGGGUUACAAUCAGUUUGAGGUGGCGGCCGAUCGGCGCCAGCAGACGAUCGACACGAUCUGGAACGUGGAGGAGCACCGCUACACGCAGCACAAAGACAAGAAGGACGUGCUGAACAAACUGCUCGCCACCGAGAUGAUACCGACCGAGCCGACGAAGCUGUCGUUCUGGAACAAGUUCUCCGAGCUGCAGCUGAAGAUGUUGCUGCACGCGGACAAGCUGGAGAGCCACAUGUACUCGUCCGAGCCGCACGAGUGGCCCCUGAUGGAUAAGGGCAUUGCUUACUGGAUCGAUGGCGACUCGAACGCGCAGGUCCAUCUGCUCGGCAACCUUGUCAUCUGGUACUCGGCUACGAUGGCGAUCGUGCUGUACGUGGCGUUCUUGGUGUUUUAUCUGAUUCGUAGAAGGCGUGAGAUAUACGACCUGGAACCAGUUGAGUGGGAUCGAUUCCGACUGGGUGGUGAGAUUUUCCUUGCAGGAUACCUCAUUCACUAUCUGCCGUACUUCUUCAUGGAGCGCACGCUCUUCCUGUACAACUAUCUGCCGGCGCUGCUGUUUAAGGUGAUGUUGCUCUGCUUUGUCGUCGAUCACUGUCAGCUGGCGUUGAGGAAGUUUGUGAAGCAGUCGACAUUGGUGAUCGGUAUCUUCCGGGCAAUAGUUGUAGCCUGGUUUUCCGGUGUGCUGUACUUCUUCCAGCGAUAUAGUGUGCUGAGCUAUGGAACUACCGCUCUUUCGGCAGACGAUGUAUUGGAGCUGCGUCUGAAAGAUACAUGGGAUUUGAUCGUCCACAAGCCUUAGGCUCUUGUUCAACAGUUAUAGUACUAAUAAUACUCCAUUUUCGUUGCGAAAAUAUAUUGUUACCCUAGCCGUCUUUUUAACGA